AUGCGCACAGGGAGGGUUCUGGUGUUAGAGUCCACAUCAAAAGCAACCGGGGAACACUACCCGGGAGCAUGGGACUGUGCGGACGUCAGUGUGGACGUACACAUCUACCAGGUCUUCUACACCAGCUUCCACCAUAUGAGUAUGCGACAGCGUCUGGAUGCCGCGUGCAACAAUAAGAAGUCGUUGGAGGCUAUCGAGAUUGGGGGAAAGUGGCGAGACCUGGAAUAUGAAACGCCGGACGACGGGUUCAACGGACACCGGGAGAACCUCCGUCGCCGCACCAGUAAGUUUGUGCAGGCGCACGCGGACGCGUACGCUGGUGGGUCCGGGUACUUUUUCUGGGCUGCUCAAACCGAGAAAGCGCGAACGUGGAGUUUCCUCUGGCUGUACGAGAACGGGCUGUUCCCCGAACUAGGCACGCGACCGACGUGCAACCGCGACACGCUGGAUACGUGCUUGGAGCCGGAUGAGAUGUGA